AUGUCGUUAAAGGCAUGUCUUGAAAGUCAUGCGGUGGGCGAGCUCGUACGCGCUAAAGGCAUCAUGGUGGACGUGCCGCAUAGUGCACCAGUGCGCGAUGCGCUGCAGCUGAUGCGCAUGCACGGCAUCUCCGCGCUGCCCGUGUGGGCUCCGCCCAACGAGUGGGUGGGCGCGGGGGGCUCCUCCAUCAUGGUCACCGACGGCAGCACCAGCGGAAUCAGAAGCGGAAGCGGAAGCGGAAGCGGGGGCGCAGGGUCAGGGACCGGCGGGUCGGAGGUGGUAGAGGCGAGCGAGGAGCGCGGGGGAGCAGGGGAGAAGGGCGCGGGGGCGGGGGCGAGCGGGGGAGCGGGCGCGGGGAGGGCGCGGAGGCAGUACAUCGGGAUGGUGAGCGUGCUGGACGUGCUGAUGCACUUUGCGCAGUCGUCCGCGCGCGACGACCCCACGUGGGCGCUCGACGUGCCCAUCUCCACGCUCAUUGGCCACUGCCUUGAAGGCCUCUCCUGCUGGACCCUCCCCUUCCACCUCUCAGUGCUGGACUCCUUGGAGCCAAUGAGCAAGGGCGUGCACCGGGUGCUGCUGCCGCUGCCAUCCGCAGACCGCCCCCCCUCGGGCCCCAUCGUGCCGCUCUCCGUUGCCACUCACGGAGGCUUUUCCCGCGGCCUCCUCACCACCGGCUGCGCCCCCGCCUACACCAUCCUUAACCAGGUGGAUCUGAUCAAGUUCAUGAUAGCUGAAGCACAGGCAGAGACAGGCGGCCAGCACCACCACUUCAAGUCCAGCAGCAGCAACGGCACCAGCACCGCCACUGCUGCACCCUCCUCCUCCUCUUCCGCUCCUCCUGCUGCCACGGGCAGUGGCAAGUCUAUAGCAGAGCUGCUGCAGCUGUCAGUGAAGGAGGCGGGGGCGGUGCAUGGGACGGUGUUUGCCGUGCCAGCGAGCAUGAAGGUGCUGGACGCCAUUCGCUGCAUGCAACAGGCGGCUGUGGCUGCUGUCGCCGUGCUGGAGCCCACGCCCGAUGACAAGCUCGACGACCCCAUGCUUACUUUCGGCCAAGGGCGUUGCCUGGUGGGCACACUGUCUGCCAGCGACCUGCGUGCCUGCAGUGAGGAGGCAGCGCUCACAGCCCUCCCCCGCUUGACCGUUGGCAACUUCCUAGCCACUCUCUCUGUCGCUCAAGACGUUGGAAUCUCCGCCGCUUUCAGCCCUUACGCCCCUCCUCCCGCCCUCGCCACUCUUGCGUCAAACUCCCCGGCGUCGUCUCCCGCUCGCAUGUGUGAGGCGCGAUCCAUGGUUCCGAUUACUUGCCGAGAGCAUUCCCGGCUAGGCGUGGUGAUGUCUCAGGCGAUUGCUGGGCGUGUGCAUCGGGUGUGGGUGGUUGCGGAUGACUCAUCGGGGAUUCUUGUAGGCGUGAAACACCACGCCGGUCCAGAGCACGACAUUCUGCAAAUCCGCCGCUCGUCGUACCACGACGUCGUGCGAGUCGGCGAGCUCUCGCGACUUCUAGACCUGCACCACAUUCAGGUGUACGUGAUAAACAGCGCGAAAGUGGUGUUUAUCAAUCCGCGCCCGCAGUCUCGCGUGGUGAAGGGCGCGCCGUUCUUCUGCCGGACGUGCCACCGCACAUUGCUCGACGCCAGCCGAUACUGCUCCAUCGGAUGCAAGCUCUCCGCAUUGCGCCACGACCCCGCGCUCACAUUGCGCCCGCGGGGGGGAGGUUCCGCGGAGCACGCAGCGCGGCCGGCUGCGGGACAUGCGCAUUUCGGGGUCAACGCGAGCGUUGACCGGCCGGCGCGGUCUGGGGACGGGUUAUCGGACGACGACUCAGGCACGUGGUCGGCGGGGCACCAGCGGAAGGAAGGGGGAAACGAUUGGCGGAACGAGUGGCGCAAGCGCACAUUGCCCCCUCUGUUGGUGGAAGAUAACGACGCGGCGAGCUCGGGGGAGAGCGACGAGGGGCGCGCGGAGGAGGACGGGGACGAGGGGGUGUCCGCGGACUGGCGGAGGGGCGGCGGAGAGAGGGAGAGGGAGAGGAAGCGCGCGCGCUACGGCAAAGUGAAUGGCGCGGAGUCCCUGCGGUAUCCGGAGCUGGUUGGCGCGUCGUCCCCGGUGUUCUCCCCUGUGACUCCGCCGCUGGCGUAUCAACAUGAAGGCAGCACCGGCUCCCCCUGGCGCGCACACAGGCGGAAGGGCGUUCCGCACCGUUCCCCCUUGUCUUGA